GCUAAAUAGGUUCAUCCAUUGAUAAGCCUUGUUUUGUUUUUAUGAUAGUGGUGUCAAUAGUGUUCUAUCCUUCAUUUCUAUAGAUGUUAUCUUUUAAUAUUCAUUUUUGAAUCGUUUAUAACUAAUUUGUCGCCCUUCAAGAAUUAGAUUUGAAGUAAUAAUGACUUCUCUCAUAGAGCAAUAUGAACAGCAAUAUGCUGUUUCUACUGCUGACUUUACUGCUAAAAUUGCAAAAUUAGCUAAUGUUGAACGCUCGGACAGGCGAUUCUUGAUACAGGAACUUGAAAAACAGGUUGAAGAACUGCGAGAAUUGCUUGAACAGAUGGAACUGGAAGUAUGUGAUGUAGAUCCCACACUACGUCCGAAAUUGAAGACUAGAGUAGAAAGUUACAGAGCAGAACUGGUACGCUUAGAAAAAGAAUUCAGCAAUGCAUCUAUUCGAAAAAAUGGAGGGUACAGUGGCGAUCAGAAUGAAAUCUUUGGUGAGAUCAGCAUCCGAGAAGAACAAAAGCAGCAAUUGUUAGAUACUUCCGAGCAGAUUGAAAGAACAAAUAAUAAGUUAACUGCUUGCUAUAGCGUACUAUUGGAAUCAGAAGACAUAGGUAGCCAGGUACUGAGGGAUUUGCAAUGUCAAAGGGAGACAAUUCAGAAAUCAAGAGCAAGGCUCCGAGAAGCUGAUGCAGAUUUAAGUAGAAGUACACGUAUUAUGAAUCUAAUGAUAGCUAGAUCUAGGCAACAUAAACUUAUUAUUUCAGUAAUAGCUGCUGUCUGUAGUUUAGCAAUAUUAGUUACCGUUUAUUUUUCAGUUACUCGGAGCAGUUAGUCUUUAAUUUGAUUACUGUAGAAUAAGUUUUAAGAAAUGUUUCUAACGUUCCAAAAGAAAUGUAACUUACAUUCACAAAUUUUAUAAAUGUUGUUCAUCACAAUCGUUAUUAGAAGAUAUCCGCUAUUAUUUUAUUGUAAUUUGUUGAAAAAACACCAUUCAUUCCCAUAUUUCUUUUUUAUUUUGCAUGUAAAACUUUGUGCCUAAAAAAUUAUAUUUGAGGUGCC